ACCCAGCGGACACCAGGAGGCAGAGGCGGGACAGCCUGGGGUCCGAUCCUGCAGUCUAGCGGCCCCAGGGCUAAAGUUUGCCAGCAGCCCCGGGAGAUCAAGCGGGCGCUACGCGCCGCCUGCUGCCCCCCUCUCGCAUCCUCACUCCGGCAUUGCUGCACUGGGGGACCGAGCUACGGCCGGGCCAGCUCCAAGGCGGGGACGCCGCGACGGAACUUAAGGCCCAAGAGGGAUGUAAAACCCCAAAAUGACCCUGUUACCGGGAGAUAACUCGGACUAUGACUACAGCGCCCUGAGCUGCGCCUCAGACACCUCCUUCCACCCUGCCUUUUUCCCUCAGCGCCAGGCCAUCAAGGGCGUCUUCUACCGCAGGGCCCAGCGGUUGCGACCGCAGGAUGAUCUGCAUCAGGGCAGCUCACUCGGGGACCGCAGGCGACAGAUCAUCAUCAACGUGGGUGGCAUCAAGUACUCCCUACCUUGGACCACGCUGGAUGAGUUCCCACUGACACGGCUGGGCCAGCUUAAAGCCUGCACCAACUUCGACGACAUCCUGAGCGUGUGUGAUGACUACGACGUGACCUGCAACGAGUUCUUCUUUGACCGCAACCCGGGGGCCUUCGGCACCAUCCUCACCUUCCUGCGGGCUGGCAAGCUGCGGCUGCUGCGGGAGAUGUGCGCCCUGUCCUUCCAGGAGGAGCUGCUGUACUGGGGCAUCGCCGAGGACCACCUGGAUGGCUGCUGCAAGCGCCGAUACCUGCAGAAAAUAGAGGAGUUCGCGGAGAUGAUGGAGAGGGAGGACGAGGACGAGCCGCUGGACAGCGAGGACCAAGACACUGAGGGGCCAUCCACCGGGGAGGGCCGCCUGGGCCGCUGUAUGAGGAGGCUGCGGGACAUGGUGGAGAGGCCACACUCAGGGCUGCCUGGCAAGGUGUUUGCCUGCCUGUCUGUUCUGUUCGUCACCGUCACCGCUGUCAACCUGUCUGUCAGCACCCUGCCCAGCCUGCGGGAGGAGGAAGAGCAGGGCCAGUGUUCCCAGAUGUGUCAUAACGUCUUCAUCGUGGAGUCGGUGUGCGUCGGCUGGUUCUCCCUUGAGUUCCUGUUGCGGUUCAUCCAGGCACCCAGCAAGUUCACCUUCCUGCGGAGCCCACUGACCCUCAUCGACCUGGUGGCCAUCCUGCCAUACUAUGUCACGCUGCUGGUGGAUGGCGCUGCCUCCAGCCGCCGCAAGCCAAGCACCGGGAACAGCUACCUGGACAAGGUUGGGCUGGUGCUUCGCGUACUGCGGGCACUGCGCAUCCUCUACGUGAUGCGCCUGGCUCGACACUCACUGGGGCUGCAGACGCUGGGGCUCACGGCCCGUCGCUGCACGCGCGAGUUUGGGCUUCUGCUCCUUUUCCUGUGCGUUGCCAUUGCUCUCUUUGCCCCACUGCUCUAUGUCAUUGAGAACGAGAUGGCAGACAGCCCCGAAUUCACCAGCAUCCCUGCCUGCUACUGGUGGGCCGUCAUCACCAUGACAACUGUGGGCUACGGAGACAUGGUACCUAGGAGCACACCUGGCCAGGUGGUGGCUCUGAGCAGCAUCCUCAGCGGGAUCCUGCUCAUGGCCUUCCCUGUCACCUCCAUCUUCCAUACUUUCUCCCGCUCUUACCUGGAGCUCAAGCAAGAACAGGAAAGGGUGCUGAUCCGCAGGGCCCAGUACCUCAUGAAAACCAAGUCGCAGCUCAGUGGCAUGUCUCAGGACAGUGACAUCUUGUUUGGAAGUGCCUCUUCAGACACCAGGGAUAACAACUGAGGCAAGAGAACAUCCCCGCCCUGCCUGCCAGCUGCGGCUUCAUGCAACCACCAUCACUACUGAAGCCUGGAGAAGGACUUUCAUGCUUCAAGUCCAGCCCUGGCCUGGGACUGACCCGAACGAGCCAUGCCACAAGAAGGAUCUGUGCCACAUCACCCAGAGUCCUUGCCCUCCCUGUGAGCCCAGAAGUGAAAGGGAAGUUAGCCGAAGCCUGCACCUCGCCCCCUCCCCCAGUCUCGCAUCUGUUUCUCUCCCUCGGGAGCCAACUGGCUCCUUCCAGAUGUAAAGAACACGCCCAGCAAAACCUGCACACACAGGGGACUGCCCAGAGAAACAUCCAGACAGCAGGCAGCCGCACAUGACUUCAAUGCGUGUCCACUGAAAAGGAAAAGCCUUCCAUUAGGGCUCUCAGGGAAGGAGCUGUGUCUCUACGUGAAGCCAGCAGUGGGGUACCAGAAGUGCAAAGACCAUGCUGCUGGGGUCUUGGGGGUGGUGAGACACUGGUAGGAUGGAGAAAAGGGGACAGACAGACCUUUGGGGGACACCACGAGUGCGGUCUCAGGCUCCUGCUGCUCCUGACUCCCGAGCCUGUCCUUCAUCCUCUUUCUGCUCACCUCCGCCCUGUGUCCUUGAGAGCCAGCCCUCUUUUCAGACUCCCCUCGUGCCAGUACAGAGUGGGGCACCAUAAGCCACUCAACUCUGCCGACUUUAAGGAUGAAAUCACUUCGUUUUUUUUUUUUUUUUUUUUUUUUUUUUGGUUUUUCGAGACAGGGUUUCUCUGUGGGUUUGGAGCCUGUCCUGGAACUAGCUCUUGUAGACCAGGCUGGUCUCGAACUCACAGAGAUCCGCCUGCCUCUGCCUCCCGAGUGCUGGGAUUAAAGGCGUGCGCCACCACCGCCCCAAAUCACUUCGUUUUAUGGCUUAAAAGAAGUGAUAUUUUAGCCUACUCUGAUUUAUUUUAAUAUUACAAACAAAAAAACUCCCAAGCACUUCAUCCCCCUACCCGAGCCUCAGUCUAAACCCACAGUGGCCGUGCUUCCAGCAGGCGUGGCCCCGGGAAGUCUGGGGAGUGUGCAGGAAACCUCCUCGGUGCCCUCAAAGGGAGCCACUCCAUGGUGUCGAGAAGUAUAGUUUCUGCACCAAGAGGGACCCCGUGCCAGGCUAGAUGACUGACUCCAUCUCGGCUCACUGUGUCUGAGUGCUGGGUACCUGGUAUUGAGGGGAUGUCACACACACAUGCACAUAUACAAACAUAUGUGCACACACGGACACAUGUGCACACAGGCCACACACACUAGCCCCCAGCCUCACCAGUGCAAAAACUUCCCUGACUGCUUUAUCCCACAUUCCAGCUGCCUUCUCUCUGUUCAGCAGCAGAAAUUGCGCUUUGAAACAUGACUGAUUCUGACUGUGGGCUGUGCAGCUCAAAUCCCUGCCUGCUGCCACGGCCUCCAGCUUCUCCCACACCUCCACACCUGUCCAGACAGCCCACCAGCCACUCCCACACCUCCACAUCUGUCUGAAUAGUCCCCUGCCCCCCCACACCUCCACACCUGUCCAGACAACCCACUGGCCACUCCCACACCUCCACACCUGUCCAGACAGCCUACCGACCCCUCCCACACCUCCACACCUGUCUGGACAUUCCACAGGUCCCUCCACCCUCCCUUCAGGCAUACCCAGCCCGCCCUAUCUCAUUGUGGGCCUUCACACCUGCAGAGCCAUCUGCUGGAAUGCCCUCCCUACAGAACACUGUGUGGCUAACUCCUUCCUGAGCACCCACCCCUGUAGCCUGCAGCUUCCCCGCUUUCUCCCUUGUCUGCUCAAUCUCUACCAGGUAAAACUCAUUCUCGGCUCCGAGCUCUGGUUCAUGUCCUGCAGGACCAGCUCAGUGUGUAUUGGCAGGAACUCUAAAGCGGUUCCCUGCUGCCUUCCAGGACCUCGUGCAGGGGCAGCACCUAAGAGGUGUUCAGAAAACAUUUUUGAAAAGCAAAACAAAGGGGAAACAGCCAAAAGGAACAGAUAUGGAAAAUGUAUCCAUUACAGCUUAGAUCCAAAAUGUCCCCCACUGUCUAGAGCCAUACCACCCCAAAUGUGCCUGAUCUCAUCUGAAAUGUCACCCAGAAGCUCACACGUCAAAGACUUGGUUCCCCGUGCAGACAGAGGUGGGACCUCUGGUAAUGGUGUCACGAGGGCUCUGACCCCACCAAUGGCUCAACCCAUGAUAAAUCCACAGCUUCAGUGGAAACGAUAGAAAUUUAGAGGCGGUGGGGCCUGGUUGGAGGAAGUAGAUCAUCAGGGGUGUGUCGCCCCAGAUGACUUCCUCUUGGUUUCUCUCUGCUUCCGGCUACAGUGAGGGGAGCAGCAGAGUUUGACCAACGUUCCCCUAUUGGGAUGCUGCUGUACCUCGAAGUGGGCCAGAAACAAUGGAGCCGAAUGACCAUGGACUGAAACCAG